CGGAUGUAGCAUCAGGCUGUGAAAUAGCUCAUUUUGAAUAUUGAAAACCACUUGAACAAUGACAAACUGAGGGCCAUUGUGUGCUGCAACACAUUAAACACAACUACCAAACAACAAUGUCGCUUUCAACAGCGCGUUCAUUUUUGUCAGAGGCUUGCUAUGGGGAACAGGAGCUCGACGCUAACUCCGCUCUCAUGGAGUUGGAUAAAGGGCUGCGAUCGGGGAAGCUCGGAGAGCAGUGUGAGGCUGUGGUGCUGUUCCCCAAGCUCUUCCAGAAGUACCCCUUUCCCAUCCUCAUUAACUCAGCCUUUCUCAAACUAGCAGACAUCUUCAGACUUGGCAACAAUUUCCUGCGUCUGUGUGUGCUGAAAGUAACACAACAGAGUGAAAAACAUUUGGAAAAGAUUCUCAACGUGGAUGAGUUUGUCAAAAGGGUGUUUUCGGUCAUCCAUAGCAACGACCCCAUUGCCAGAGCCAUCACCCUGAGGAUGCUCGGUAGUCUGGCUUCUAUCAUCCCUGAGAGGAAGAACGCCCACCACAGCAUUCGACAAAGCCUGGACUCCCAUGACAAUGUGGAAGUGGAGGCUGCUAUCUUUGCAUCUGCAAGCUUCUCUGCACAGUCCAAGGACUUUGCUGCUGGAAUUUGUAACAAAGUGAGCGAGAUGAUUCAAGGUUUAGACACUCCGGUGGAUCUGAAGCUGAAGCUGAUCCCAAUGCUGCAGCACAUGCACCACGAUGCCAGCUUGGCGUCCAGCAGCAGGGAGCUUCUGCAGCACCUGGUCAACUCUUACCCAUCCACCCCAAUGGUCAUCGUCUCACUGCACACCUUCACCCAGCUCGCCGCAUCCUCCCUCAUUGACAUCCCCAAGCAGUUGCAGCUCCUCCUUCAGUACCUCAGAGAUGAUCCAAGAAAAUCUGUGAAAAGGCUUGCCAUUAAUGAUUUAAAACUUCUGGCUAAAAAGGCCCCUCACCUGUGGAUGAAAGAAAACACUCAGACUCUGUGUGAGUGCGCUUUGACCAUCCCUUACAUCAGUUUGAAGCUGGGGAUGUUGGCUGUCCUCUCCACCCUCUCUGGAGCAAUAGCAGUGAAACAGUAUUUCAGUAUGACAGCAGUUCCUCCCCGCCUCACUGACCUGGUGAAAUUGGCGCAGGAGUGCUGUUACCACAGCAACCUGGCAGUGGCAGCACACGGGGUCGUGAUUCUCUCCAAUAUUGCCAUUUCCUGUUCAGAAAAAGAUAUAAUACAGCUGGAGCAGGACACAGUUUUGGGAGUGGAGUCCCUUCUGAUGCUUUGCAGUCAGGAUGGCAGCCUCACAGCGCAGGCCACCCUGAAAACCGCCCUGACCUCCCUGGUUAAGCUGCUGAAAAGUCGACCCCACCUCAGCCAAUCAGCUGUGGAAUUCCUGCUGGGACAGCUCCACUUAUCCUGCGACUCCUCCCGCAUCCUCCUGUGCCACGCGCUGGCGGCCAUCGCCGCCCACCUGCCCGUGCUGGGAGACGGCAUGCUGGGAGAUCUGGUGGAUCUCUUCCGAGUGGCCAGCCACUCCUCAGCUGGCGAGCAGCAAGAGCUUCUGGUUUCCCUGGCAACGGUGAUUUUUGUGGCCAGCCAGUCCUCCCUGUCAGGCGAAGUGAAGACGGUCAUCAAACAGCAGCUGGAGAAAGUCGCCAACGGCUGGACGGUGUAUCGCAUCGCGCGGCAGGCGUCGCGCAUGGGAUGUCACGAGUUCUCCAGCGAGCUGUACCAGUGCCUGCGCACCCGCGUGGCCUCGGAGCACUUCUACUUCUGGCUCAACAGCCUCAAGGAGUUUUCCCAGGCCGAGCAGUGCCUGAGUCACAUCGAGGACAAGGACUACAGCGGAGCCAUGAGCGCCAUUGCCGAAGCCCUCCGCUCCUACCAAAAGGGCAUCGCCUCGCUCACACGGCGCUCAGGGCUGCUGGUCGUCAGCUCCGUCCCAGCUGACUCCCCGUCAGCUCAGGUUCCGUACCACAUUUAUGAGAUGAAUCUCCCCUUACAGGCGGCCAGCACUCCUCUGAGCCCGCUAACGUUCCAGUGCGAGUUCAUCAAGCUGCGGAUCGACACUCUGCAAGCCCUGUCCCAGCUCAUCUGUACCUGCAACAGCCUGAAAACCAGCCCCCCGCCCGCCAUCGCCACCACCAUCGCCCUCACCUCCGGCAACGACCUGCAGCGCUGCGGCCGCAUCUCAAUUCAGAUGAAGGUUUGCAUGGACGAGUUCAGAAGUCUUGCUGCCCGCUACGCUGAUUUACACCAGUCGUCAUUUGAUGCCGAUUAUGCCACUCUCCGCAACGUGGAGUUGUAUCCUCAAGCAGCCAUUAGCAGACUCGUCACACUCGUCUCUUUCAGCGUCCGACAACAGCAGAGCUGUUUGCUGGUCUCCCACGUGAUUGAGGCUCUGAUCCUGGACCCGCAGGCAGCCAGUUUCCAGGAGUACGGCACCCUGGGCUCUGUUCAGACUGAGAGCGAAUACGAGCGACGGAUGAUGACGGUUUUUAAUCGUGUGCUGGAGGAAGUGGAAGGCCUCACCAAGAAACACCCCCCAGUGUCACACCUGCAUACAGGAUGUCUCUGUGACGCUGUCAUAGCUUUGCUCAAGGUACCACUGUCCUUCCAGAGAUAUUUCUUUCAAAAACUCCAGUCAACCAGCAUCAAGCUUGCCAUUUCUCCAUCACCACGCACACCAAGUGAGCCAAUCCCAGUUCAGAACAGUCAGCAGCUGACUCUGAAGGUGGAAGGGGUGGUACAACAUGGAUCCACCCCAGGGCUCUUCAGGAAGAUCCAGUCCGUCUGUCUGAACAUUCCUCUCGAUGCUAAAACAAACGAGAUCGAGCAGCGCGUCGAGCCGCACAACGACUACUUCAGCACCCAGUUUUUGCUGAACUUCUCCAUCCUGGGCACCCACACGGUCACUGUGGAGGCGUCUGUGGUGGAUGAGAGCGGCAUUGAGUGGAAAACGGGGCCCAAGACAAUGGUGUCUGUCAAGUCUCUGGAGGAUCCUUACUCCCAGCAGCUGCGCCACCAGCUGCAGCAGGGUGGAGCUCAGCCGGCUCCACAGAGGGCCGCAUACUCCCGCUUCUAGGCAGCUCGCUCUGUGUUUCACAGCAGGAGCCUCUGCGCUUCACAUGAUUUGUCUCGCGGAAAAUGAACAUGUACAUAUAUUUUUUUCAAUGAUUAAAAGAACAUAUUUCAU